GCGUGGUGAUGCAUUCGGUGGCGGACACGAGACAGGAUGGCUGCGAAAUUUCGAGGGUUCUCUUUAUCAUCGUUCAUCUUCUUUGUUCGUCUUUUAGUACCUUGAAAUGAACAAAACCUUAUACCAUAUGACCAGUCUUUCGUGCUUGCUAGCUGAGAGUAGUCCAUCAUAAGCAUCCAUCUACGACAGUCUGUCAUGUCUAAGCUACCCAAGAUGAUAGCCGCCUGUCUGUGGCUGCUCUCGCGUGUCAUUCUUCCGCAGCAGGCUCUUGGGAUCCACCAUAUGAGCUUCAAACCGGUGAUCCUCGCCACUGCCGAAGCAUCUGACACACCUAUGAGAAUCACCAACCUCUGCUCGAAUGACAUUUACCCGGCGAUCCAAACACAGGCGGGAACAGGUCCUGCCUUUGGAGGCUUCCAUGCCGCACCUGGUAACACGACCAGCUUCAAAGUCAGUGCUAACUGGCAGGGGCGGAUAUGGGCGCGCACGAAUUGCACAUUCAACUCCAAUGGAACAUCUAUGAAUAACUCGGGCCCGGCCUGUCUUACAGGGGAUUGUGGCGGGUUGCUCGAAUGCAAGGGAACUGGAGAGCCCGCUACUCUAGCAGAAUUUACCCUUGCGACCAACAUGAAUUUAUCAUUUUAUGACAUUUCCCUUGUGGACGGCUACAAUCUACCCAUAGGGAUAGUUUCCUUGCACAACGAGUCAAAUAAUUCCGAUCUAAGGAGCCUUCCUUCGAAUACCACCAAUCCAGUUUGCAUCGGCAGUCCGGAAUAUCUCACGUCUGUCGAUGAUUUGAAUACCACGACUGUGGCAACCAACACAACUCUAGGAAGCAUCACAUACAUAACCCCGUUAGAGGAAGCACUAGGGACCCAUUCAGUGUCACGGUGGUGUCCCUGGCCUCUCCAGAUUCAACCGCCGUGGAAACCUGGAGAUGGGGUGUUUCCUUAUCCAGAUGAUGGAAUCAAACGCCCCGACUUUGAUCCGUGUUUAUCCAUGUGCUCCAAGUACGGUCGCGACAGUGAUUGCUGCAGCGGUAGCCACGAUACCCCCGAGAAGUGCAGUCCAAAUAUGUAUAGCACCGCGGCUAAAAGAGUGUGUCCCGAUGCAUAUAGCUAUGCCUAUGACGAUGCUACGUCAACAUUCACAAUCCAGCAAGGUGCGGGCUUUGAAGUGGUUUUCUGCCCAUCAGGCCGUUCCACGAACAUACAGAAGAAUAUAAACAAAUCUUGAAUUUGGUCCGCGUGGGUUUUGUGCAAAGAAGAGGGGAAAGAUACUUUAAAUUUGAUACCCAAACUGCUUCCAAAUACAGAAAAUAGAU